GAGAACGCGCCGCACACAUACACACACACACGUACAUUAAACGUCAAAAAAAAGAGAGAGAGACGUCAACGACGACAACACGGGUUACGUUUUUUUUUACAUCGGUAUAUUCAGUGUGUUUGUUUUUGGGUCCUUUUAGAAUCCUGUUGAAGUUGGUGUUGAAUGGAAACGGGGCCCCCAUCAUUCAUGGUACUAAUAACAACUUUAGAUUACGGAAAAUGUCGACAACAGACAGUGGGGAUGAAACAGAUAUUUCCAAAAUUAACGAACUCAGAAAUAUACAAAAUGUUAUCGCAUUGACUCGAGCUAAUAUCGACACCCUAAAUGCAAAGUUUGCGGAUAUUAGGCCACCCUCGUCUAUGUACUUAAAAGAAUACGACGAUUUAACCUGUAAAUUACAUGAAUUGGAAUCAAAAGAACGUAAAUUAUUAGAAGAAUUGAAUAAUGGUUCUGUUGAGUGCGAAUCGACAACAACGUAUCAAUAUUUCCCAAGACGUCCUGAAAUUGAUACAUUAUCCAAACAUAAAUUACUUAGAGCACAUUUACCAAAUCAACAACGGACGAGUGUGCAAGUUAGAAAAGGUCAAACGCUACGAGAGGCUUUAGCUAAAGCAAUGAAAUUAAGAAAUUUAAUUUGCGAGGUUUGUUGUGUGUAUGCGUUAGGUUCGGAGUUUCCCAUUAAUUGGGAUGUUGAUAUUUCUACGUUGGAUUGCGACGAGAUUACUGUCAAAGUUAUUGAUAAGUUUCCUAUUCCAACCACCAUCUCACAUAACUUUGUACGGAAAACGUUUUUUUCAAUCGUCUUUUGUGAGACUUGUCGGAGACUACUUUUUCAAGGGUUUUGCUGUCGAACUUGUGGAUAUAAGUUUCAUCAAAGGUGUGCUAAUGGUGUACCUUCAUUAUGUCAGGUAAAAAAAUUACCUAACCUAUAAAAUAAUCCAAAAAGAAUUGUUUCACUUUUCCUAACCUAUAUAAUAUUUUAAAAAAAUCCUUUUUAAUAUCAUACAACAACAGCUACUUCAUUUAACUAAGACAAUAAGACAUUUCCAAGCAGUGGCGCCACCUUUUUAAUAUUUAAGGGGGGCUGAACUUUUUCAAAUGGUACACCUUAUUACAAUACAAUUGUAUUGUAUACAGGGUGCCCGGAAAUUGCGUUCAUAUAUUUAAAGGUGUGAUUCUACAUAAAAAAUCAUGAAGAAAAGUUCAUAUAAAGGUGUGUCCUAAAAUGCUUCCUAAGGGAGGUAGAGCGCUUUGAAGAAGACGUCCAAUAUGUGGUUAUUUCUCAUCUAGGCUUCUUUCAUUGGUUUGAUUUCAGCUGUCAAAUGGGUGAUAAAAAAUUACUUCGUACAUUGUCUACAAAAAUUUCUGCGAAUCAUGGUUAAUUUUAUCAAAAUGAUUCACAAGAUGAUUGUUACUAAUUUUUCAUAAUAACUUAAAAUUUUACCAAAA